AUCGCAAAAAGAAAAUUGUUCCAGUCUGUUCAGUCGGGACAAAACGUUCAUAACAUUGAAAUAAGUGGAACGAAUAAGAAGAAGAAACUCACGAUGACUUCAACAAGGAGAUUGCAAAAGGAACUGGCCGAUCUUCGUGCAUCGGACCUGAAGUCAUUUAAGGAUAUUCAAGUGGAUGACGCAAAUAUUCUAAUUUGGAAUGGAUUAAUUGUUCCGGAAAAUGCACCGUACAACAAAGGUGCAUUCCGCAUCGAGAUAAAUUUUCCCGCCGAGUACCCGUUCAAACCGCCAAAAAUCUGCUUCAAAACGAAAAUUUACCAUCCAAAUAUCGAUGAAAAGGGUCAGGUGUGCCUACCGAUAAUUAGCGCCGAAAAUUGGAAACCCGCAACGAAAACGGAUCAAGUCAUCCAGGCACUGAUAGCUCUGGUCAACGAUCCUGAGCCGGAACAUCCGCUACGGGCUGAUUUAGCCGAAGAAUUUCAAAAGGAUCGCAAGAAAUUUUUUAAAACUGCUGAAGAAUUUACCAGAAAACACAGCGAGAAGCGACCAAAUGAAUAAGAUGUUAGCUAGUUAGUUAUUUAAAAAAAACAGAACAACAACGGAACAGAAAUGAGAGAAAGAAAUUUUUGCUCGGCAGAGCCUUUUCCCAAUGAUUUGUCAUAACUGUGCAGUGAGAAAUUGAUUUUCCUUAAUUUUUUUUUUUCGUUAUUCUUACUCCUCUCAAUUACACUUUGUGCUACUUAUUGAUUUUUCGUGUCACACUAUUGAUCUCUAGUAUUAAAAUCGGUCUGUAUAAAGUCAACCGAUUUCUAUAAUGCAUUUUCGUUCGAAUUUUUUUUUAAAACUUUUUUCCGGGAAAAUGUAUGCGUGUGUCUGUGCAGUCGGUAGAUUUGGCCUUGGCCACAGCGCGCAUGUUUAAUAAUUGUACUUUU